ACUGUAGAUCGACGCCCUCUUUCUCGUCUUCGAAGGCGGACUCGAAUCAAUCGGCGAGGAUCAGCCACGACCGGAGGCGGAGCUUGAAGGCAAUUGUGGAGAGGCUUAAGUAUCGAUUCAGGCAGGAUCAUGUGUUGAUUGAUUUCCCCUAUAUGUUGGUUCGAUGUUGAGAUCUAAUCUAGGGUUAGGGUUUGUUCCAGGUAUCGUUUAGCGACGUUGUCGAAACUAUUUCCUCGGAUCUCCGGCCUUGUUUUGGAUUUUUCGAAGCUAACCCUCUUGAGAUUUAUUGUCAUUCUCACGGCUGCAAGAUCUCGGCCGGUCUACCGUUUCGGGUUUUGAGCUUCCGUAUUUGGCCCUAGUUAUUGGGUUAAUUGUCACAAGGGACUAUCUCUUGCUCGAAUUGACUUUAUACGUGAAGAAUUUAACUUGAAAUGCUUUGACAAAGUGCUUUUAAUUUGAUUAUAUGAACUUUUCUUUUGCUAUUAAGUCAUUUUCCGCGUUUUCUCCUGAUGUGCAAUCAAAAAUCUUUUUUUUUUUUUUUUUUAUAAUUUGUGAUUGAUUGUUUAUCAUCUGUCGGUCUAAUUGCGUUAGUAAACCACCAUGCCAGGCCCAAGGUGCGCUGUGUUAUUUGUGGACUUUUCCUUAAAGGAUAGAGAUGGUGUUUAACUAUGAUGAUACAUCUUUUUCCUACCAAUUCCAUGUAAAUGGAAGACAUCUUGCUUGCGGCGAUCAACUUGCACCAUUUGCUGGAGAAAAUUUCUAUGAAUCUGUCCCUGCUAAGGCACUUCUUUCGGAUGUGGAGAAUGAUUCGUCUAGCUAUCACAAAGAGUUCAUAAAUGUGACUGCUGAUCUUUAUGACAAUCUUCAAAGUGAUCUCAGUGACAAUCCUACUUUGGCAUGGAUGACAGGCAAUACCAGUGAAGUUAUUUUGUCGGAUAAUGGAAAAAGGUCACUUUCUGAUUAUGAGUCUUCUCUGCAAGUAGGCAAGCGCUUAAAACAAAUAGAUCAUCAUUUGCAGUCAAUUUCUCCUGAAGAAAUUCACUCCGGUGCCUCUAAGCCGCCAUCUCCAGGUUCUAUUGAGGACUUGGAGGAUAGUGCUGUUGACACUAUUGCUGAUGAAUUUGCUAGUGAAGCUAAGAGCAGUCAUUUGUUUGCACAGAAUACUAGUCAUGAAAAUGAUUUGGACUCACCUACCAGGCUAACAUUGCAUUCUAAUUUUUCUGGAAAUAGAUGUCAAGCAUCUGAGUGUAAUCAUGAUAACGAGAUUUUCUCACCUACAUUUUGUGAAUUCAAUUGGAAACGUGUUCCUGUAGGAGCAAAUCAUCACGCUGAUAUUCCAGAAUGGAGACCUCGUGAAUUCGAUAAUCAAUUAAGGAAUUCUGAAACUUCAUGCAAUUAUCGUGGAACUGAUUGCCACAAAUGGCUUGGGACACAUUUGAUGCCUAUGCCUGAUUCUGCUUUACUGGCUUCAGAGGUUGUAGCCUUACCUCACGUGUUGGAUUGUAGUUGUUCUGAUGAUGGUUCCAUCAGAUGCGUGAGACAGCAUGUCACAAGAGCAAGAGAAAUGGUCAAGCAAGAUUUGGGGCAGGAAAGAUUCUCAGAGUUGGGUUUCAACAAUAUGGGUGAGGUUGUGGCUCAAAAAUGGACUGAAGAGGAGGAACAACUGUUCCAUGAAAUUGUGUCUUCAUAUCCUGUCUCACUAGGCCAGAAUUUCUGGAAUAAGCUGCCUCAGUAUUUUCCUAGUAAAAGUAGCAAAGACCUUGUAAGCUACUACUUCAACGUAUUUAUGCUCAGAAAACGAGCUGUCCAGAAUAGGUUGGACCCGCUGCACAUAGACAGUGAUGACGACGAAUUGCAAGAAAGUGAGAGUGGCGAAUAUGCAACAGAUGAUGAUGACGUUGAUUCUGCAGUGGACUCUCCUGUUGAAGGUGUAGAUGACGGUUCUGGUCAAGAUGAACUUAAUGAAAUGGAAAUGACCGAGGAGACUGAUGAUGCAGAGGAUCACCAUUAUGACAAGCUGACUGGCUAUAAAGGUGACAUGAAAGAAUUUAUUCAUACAAAGUCGAAUCUUGUUUCCAGUGCUGCAGACCACAAUAUUCAAGAUGAUUCAUGCACAUCCUUUGAAAGCCAACACAACGCGACUAAUUCCUGUGAUCCUACUGAUAAUUUUGCAUUGCCACAUGGGUCAUUCGACAACCAUUUAUUCUUGCUGCACAAGGAUGACCUGAAAGAUGGUCCGUUUGGAUUAACUUACGAUGAGUUUUCAGGUGGCCACUGUGACCUUGACACUUGGGAUAUGAGUUAUGGCUGUGGAACAAAGACAGAUGGCUUUUUAUCCUCCUUCAAUGUCAUAAAAGAGGUGUUCAGAGAAAUGCCUUCUGAGAAAUGAAAACUUUUGGUCAGGUAUUUUGUUUCCUUAUUCAUAACUGAGUCAAAGCUUCCGAAGCUCUCUGUUCGGUACAUAGUUCAUUUUGGUGGAUGUAGCGUCGGGUCGUGCUUUGUAGAUAAAUUGGUGUAAAGUAAAAGUUCAAUGCCUCAUUUAUCCAGAACUCAAGGCAUUCCUUGCACUUUGAUUGAAGUUGAUGAAUUUAUAUUAAUUUUUAGGGCAA